AAUAGUCUCUUGUAGUAGGCUAGACUGUCGAUGUGAUAUUUAUUAACUAGUAAUAUAAAUUGAAAGUAAUAUAAACUUAACAAGAAUUAAUAUAAAAUGGUGAAAUCAAAAACCGAAACGAUCCAAGCGAUUAGCGACAAUGUGGCUGUUGGUGAAAAAACUGUUUUGCUCACUCUCUUCAAAACCAUUUUCCAUCUAUCGUUUUUGGUGCAUUUCUUGUGGGCCAGUGUGUAUGGUGUGUCGAUAUUUUUGAACCUGACGGAAUACCAGUUGAAGGAGCCGCUGAUAGUGAUGAUGAAGACAUAUUUGUUUUGCUAUGGCACUAAUUGGAAUGCGUCGUUCCAGACCGUGUUUCUCGGUCUCGCUCUGCUGCACGACUUGUUACGUUGGUUAGACAAGCACGACAGCAAGCUUGGCAAGAAGAUCAAAUACUUCCGUGACGUCAUAUUCAAUGGGCUGGUCUUCCCAUUCACAUGUUUCGUCACCGGAAUGUUCUGGUGCGUGUACCUCAUCGACCGGGAGCUGGUCUUCCCGCAAGUUUACGACCAGAUCGUGCCGUGGUGGCUGAACCACUGUGUCCACACCAACAUCUUCAUCGUGAUCACCAUUGAAACUCUUCUUACAAGACGAAGACAGCCGACCGACGUGAAGGUCGAGAGGUGUAUGUGGGUGUUUGUCUCCGUGUUCUACGCAGUGGUAUACUACUCCGUAUACUUCUUCGGCGGCUGCUGGCUGUACGGGGUCUUCGGCGUCAUGACCUGGUGGCAGGUCUGCAUCUACCAAGCCUGCAUCUGGGGCUCCACUUGGGUCUUCUACAACUUCAACUUCUUCGUCAACAAAAUGAUCCACAAAGAAGGAGACGCUACUCCAAAAACAUCCAUCAAUGGGGAUCUGGAGUCUAGGGAAACUACUUUCCAAAACGCGAAAGUAGAUGGCGUUGUUGAGACUGGUUCAAGUAAAAUAAGAAAAGAUGUCGAGCUAAGUACCAAAGAUAGUGGAAAAGCAAAUGCGGCAUAUCUAAACGAUAAUAAUGAUACAGAAACUGAAAAGCAAUGGAAAGCAGGUGUCAGUAAAAAUGAUGGCAGUCUAAAUCAGUCUUUAGAUAAAUCAACUGGUACAAAUUUUAAAAGAAACCAGUUUGAGAAGGCUAGUUUGUAAUUUAUUGUUAAGAUUAUCUGGGUUAUA